CCCACACCCACCAACUUUUUCGUGAUCACUGACCAGUCCUUGUCCGUGAAUUUAUUAUAAACCUUGUAUUAUAACUACCACGGUCUUAAAUUAGUUUCCUGACCCGACUGUCCCGUCAAUAAGACCACAUUAGAAGCACAGAACAAGUGUAACGAAUAACGAUCGUCAUUCACUCUAUUAUUCAAAUACUCGAUCCAAUUCGAAAGGCGCCUAGUGAAGAACAAUAAUAUGUAAUAAUAAUUACCAAUAACAUUAACUAUUUGUUCCGGUUAUUGAUACGUUUUGAUUGUGCCACAGAUAUCAUUGAAUCCUUGUUCUUACGUGUAUUGCACAGUUGCUUGUCUGAGUAUAUGUGUAUUACUUACCACUGUCCUCGACGGAAUUCACUUGUUUUAAAUUGAUUUAUUUUGAACACGAUAACUGGGUGACUAGGACGCUAACAUGAAUAGGCCAAGAAAUCAAGCCGAACAAGAACUGAAAGCCAGAGCCCGGAUAUAUGUGGCAAACAUACCCCAGGCUGGUAUGACUCGCAAAGAAGUGGUGUCUGUAUUUCACAAAUACGGCGAAAUUGACAAUGUUUCACUCCAGACUAGACAUGUCUUUGUUCAGUUUGUAGAAGAGUCUUCUGCACUCAAAGCCUUAGCUCAAAAUCCACCAGAUUAUAUUAUGAGCAAGAAACUUGAUGUAAAACCAGUAAGACCUUUCUUUUAUAGAAAUGGAGAAUUAGUAAAAAAUGAAAGAGCAGCAAAUUUUGAUGCUAAUGAAAAAAGAAAUGAUAACCGAAACCAACCAAGGGAUUUUGAUGAUUUUAAAUCAGCCAGAUUAAUCAAUCCUAAUGUGAUGAAUCCAAAUGCUCCUAAUGAUUGUGAAAUUGUUGUCACCAACAAUUCUUUAACGGAGUAUGCAGAGUUUUUAGAAGUAAACUUAAAAAAAAUGAACAUGAAAGUGGAUUUGUUAUUUCCUAAUCCUGAUAUACCAAUUAAUCGUGUACUUGGAACCUUAGCACAAAGAGGGACAUUGUAUGUUUUAGUUGUACGUGAUGAAAAUAAAUUGUAUAGAAGUGUUACUGUUGAUAUACUCCAUGGUAUACCUGAAGAACACAGAAACAUGCCUUAUAAAGAUGCAUUAGCGUUUAUUGUUCAUAGUUUCGAUGCAUUUAUUAGAGGAGAGAAAAUGACUCCUAUACCUGGGCUUUCUGGCAUUCCUAUAUCUGAAUGUGGUUUACCUUUAGGUGAUAAACAUCCUGAAGGAAUUAUCACAUUAUUAAAUUUAUUACAAGACCAAAGAGAUAUAACAGUACUGCAGUAUGAUAUGAUACUAAAAUAUCUAAAAGAGAAAAAAGAUGAACAUAUUAAAGAGGAAGUUGGAGUUUUGCCUACUUUCAAACCAAUUGUUGCUGAUAUACCAAUUCUUCCUGCAGCAACUGCUAUUCAAAAUCCCCAAGCGGCUCAAUUACAAAAUCGUAUUUUGAACAUUUUGAAUACAUCUCUUUCUUCUAAUACUCAACCUCAACAGCCCAUUGAAUCUAAUCUUACUGAAAAAGAGCCAUCAAAUAUUCUUCAAGAACCUAAUGUUAAAAAAGCAUUAGAAAGUUUAUUUCAGGGUGGUUCCUUACUUAGAAAAUAAAUAUUAAUGUACAUAUAAAAAUAGUCUUUGUAAAUAAAUAAAUAUUUUUUUUUGUUCAGUUUA